AUGCGAAGGGCGGGGCCGCCACGGGCGGAGGCCGGAGCCGGAAGCGGAAGAGGCGCUCGGAGCUGGGAGUGGGGCCUAGCUGCAGCCGGAGCCUGGGAGACGAUGCAUCACUGUAAGCGAUACCGCUCCCCUGAGCCAGACCCGUACCUGAGCUACCGAUGGAAGAGGAGGAGGUCUUACAGUCGGGAGCACGAAGGGAGACUGCGAUACCCGUCUCGAAGGGAGCCUCCGCCCCGGAGGUCUCGGUCCAGAAGCCAUGAUCGCCUGCCCUACCAGCGGAGAUACCGGGAGCGCCGUGACAGUGACACAUACCGGUGUGAAGAGCGGAGCCCAUCCUUUGGAGAGGACUGCUAUGGAUCUUCGCGUUCCCAUCAUCGUCGGCGGUCACGGGAGAGGGAGCCAUACCGGACCCGCAAGCAUGCCCAUCACUGCCACAAACGCCGCACCAGGUCUUGUAGCAGCGCCUCCUCGAGAAGCCAACAGAGCAGUAAGCGCAGCAGCCGGAGUGUGGAAGAUGACAAGGAGGGCCACCUGGUGUGCCGGAUCGGCGAUUGGCUCCAAGAGCGAUAUGAGAUCGUGGGGAACCUGGGCGAAGGCACCUUUGGCAAGGUGGUGGAGUGCCUGGACCAUGCCAGAGGGAAGUCUCAGGUUGCUCUGAAGAUCAUCCGCAACGUGGGCAAGUACCGGGAGGCCGCCCGGCUAGAAAUCAAUGUUCUCAAAAAAAUCAAGGAGAAGGACAAAGAGAACAAGUUCCUGUGCGUCUUGAUGUCUGACUGGUUCAACUUCCAUGGUCACAUGUGCAUCGCCUUUGAGCUCCUGGGCAAGAACACCUUUGAGUUCCUGAAGGAGAAUAACUUCCAGCCUUACCCCCUACCACAUGUCCGGCACAUGGCAUACCAGCUCUGCCAUGCCCUUAGAUUUCUACACGAGAACCAACUGACCCACACAGACUUGAAGCCAGAGAACAUCCUCUUUGUGAAUUCCGAAUUUGAAACUCUCUACAAUGAGCACAAGAGCUGUGAGGAGAAGUCGGUGAAGAACACCAGCAUCCGAGUGGCUGACUUUGGCAGUGCCACUUUUGACCAUGAGCAUCACACAACCAUUGUGGCCACCCGUCACUAUCGCCCGCCUGAGGUGAUCCUUGAGCUGGGCUGGGCGCAGCCCUGCGACGUCUGGAGCAUUGGCUGUAUUCUCUUCGAGUACUACCGGGGCUUCACACUUUUCCAGACGCACGAAAACCGAGAGCAUUUGGUGAUGAUGGAGAAAAUCCUAGGGCCCAUCCCAUCACACAUGAUCCACCGUACCAGGAAGCAGAAAUAUUUCUACAAAGGGGGCCUGGUUUGGGAUGAGAACAGCUCUGACGGCCGGUAUGUGAAAGAGAACUGCAAACCUCUGAAGAGUUACAUGCUCCAAGACUCUCUGGAGCACGUGCAGCUGUUUGACCUGAUGAGGAGGAUGUUAGAAUUUGACCCUGCCCAGCGCAUCACACUGGCGGAGGCCCUGCUGCAUCCCUUCUUUGCUGGCCUGACCCCUGAGGAGCGGUCCUUCCACACCAGCCGAAACCCAAGCAGAUGACAGGUGCAGGCCACUGCACCAGGAGAGGGAGAACGGGACUGGGCUGCCCAGCCCCAUUUUCUCUAACCUCUACCGCCAGGCCCCAGGGCCAGAGCCACCCAAUGAACAGUGCAAUGUGAAGGAAGGCGGGAGCCUGCAGGGGAGGAGACGUGAUGCCCAUCAGCCAGAAAGCACAGAUUUGACCCAAGCUAUUUAUAUGUUGUAAAGUUAUAAUAAAGUGUUUCUUACUGUUUGUAACCCCUGGUACCAGUGUGUCCAUCUCCAGGCUCCUUGCCUUCUCCCUUCCCUACCUUAUGAAUAAAGUCUUUCUUAGCAGUUCA